AUGCCAACGAGUUUCCUCGGCAGUGCCCUGCGGGGCACCUUCUUUGUCCUUUUUGGUCUCUGGUGGUCAGUGCGAUACCCACUGAGGUACCUCAGGAGGAAGGGCAAUGCCGAGAGCCAGCCGAGCUACGGGGCCCAGCGCGUGGAAGCCUUCGAAGGGGCUGUCAAAGCUUUCUUUGCUCUAGCAGGGAUCCUGGUGGAGCAGUUUGUUCCCGCUGGGCCCCCCCUGCAGCUGUACAGCCCCGAGGCGCACGGCUGGACCGACCUCACGCGCUGGCACUACACCACCAUCUACCUCUUCUUCCUCCUCUCCGGCAUCGUGGAUGUCGUCUCUCACUCCCCGCUCAAGCUGCCGCUCGGCUUGGACCGGCUCUCGUUGUCCGUGGCUCUGCUCAUCGAAGGUUUGCUCUUCUGCUUCUGCGAUUACGGUGAUGCUGAGCUGGACCACCACCUCCAUUCCCUGCUGGCCAUGGCUAUCUUUGCUGGAGCCCUUUGUGCCCUCCUGGAGGUGUUCCUCCGAGACCACAUCAUCCUGGAGAUCCUCAGGACCAGUUCCUUCCUUCUCCAGGGCUCUUGGCUUUGGCAGAUUGGGUUUGUGCUGUCCCCUCCAUGGGGAGGACCAGGCUGGGAUCAGACCGACCGCAGCAACUUCACAUUCCUCACCAUGUGCUUCUGCUGGCACUACGCGGGUGCUCUCGCCGUCUUGGCAGCAAACUCUGCUGCAUCCCGCUGCUGCAAUGAGUCCUGCCAGCUGAGAUUUGGGGACAUCGACGUGGAGCUGGACUGUGGCAUGUGCAUCCGCAAAGGCAACAAGAGCUCCGGCGGUCCCCUGCUGCCCGAGAGCCCCUCGGAUGACAAAUGA